AGGAACGAAGACACAGGUGUGUCGUGUCGCGGUCAUGCAUUCCAUAGCAAUAGCAGAGCAAUCUGUCAGGCAAAGGCUCGGCUCACGGAAGCCAAAACGAGUCCGUGGCUGACCUGUUUGCAUUUACAUCAGACGGUCAUAACCGCUCCCGUACCCCGAAGAUCCUCGGGGACAAAAUAAACAGUGUCGUGUAUGUGAGUGUUAUUAAGUGUGGGAAAGGUAGUGUUAGUGCGAGUCGAUUUUGGUGCCUAAAAUGGCAUUAAACCAAGACGAAUCGAGUAAACAGGUGGUGCGGGUAGACCAAGACUCGGAGACAGACCUGCAAGCGCUAUUUGAUAGCGUUCUUAAACCGGAUUCUAAAAGGCCAUUGCAGGUGCCAUGGAGCAUGCGGAAGCUACCGGACUCUUUCUUCAACCCACCGUCCACGGGCUCCAAGUCUAUCAAUCAUUCGCGUGAGAACUCUGUCGAUUCCGCGUUCGGGUCAUCUAGCGGGGGCGGUAGCACCACGACCGCUGCCGUCAACACGGUCCCGCUUCAAAGUGCUCACCAUCGAGCUCAUAGUUCGCCUGCUUCUUUACAGCAAACUUAUGCCGUUGGACAACAACAAACUGCUGCUACACACCACCACAUCAAGCAACGUUCCUACGACGUAGCUAGUAAAUCGGAUGAUACCACCCCUUUGCCUCCCGGUUGGGAACAAGCCCGCACCCCGGAGGGACAGGUAUAUUACCUCAAUCACAUAACUCGCACAACAACUUGGGAGGAUCCUAGAAAAUCAUUAGCAGCUCAGGUGGCAUCUCAACAACACCAAAGUGCGGAACAACUACUUACAUCUCACCAAGUUUCACCCACACAAUCACAAACAAAAACAAGUACAGAAGUUGAUUUGGGGCCUUUGCCUGAAGGUUGGGAGCAAGCUCAAACUCCGGAGGGAGAAAUUUAUUUUAUUAACCAUCAAACCAGGACUACGUCGUGGUUUGACCCGAGGAUACCUCAACAUCUACAAAGAACUCCUGGUAUAGUUCAACCGCAAUGGCAUGCCACUAGCUCACUGUCCCCUCAAUCGUCACCAGCUAAACAACAGCAAUUACGUUUACAAUUAUUGCAACUAGAACGAGAGCGUCUUAAACAGCGGCAACAAGAGAUUAGACGUCAACAAGAAUUAAUGCUAAGGGGUAGCAAUACAGAGCUACCUAUGGAUCCCUUUUUAUCUAGCUUGACUGACCAUUCUCGUCAAGAAUCAGCUGAUAGUGGUUUAGGUAUGGGAACAUCAUAUUCAAUGCCACAUACUCCGGAAGAUUUUUUAGCUAAUAUGGAUGAUAACAUGGAAGUUGGAAGUGAAACACAUAAUUUAGAUACUCCAGAUAUUUCUUCGUUAAGUGAUAACAUAGAUUCGACAGAUUUAGUGCCUUCUCUGCAACUGGGCGAAGAAUUCCCUAGCGUUAUUUUGGACGAUGUACAGAGUCUUAUAAAUCCGGCAACAACAAGGUCGGACAAUGGUCUAAUUUGGUUGUAAUGCCAGUCAAUGUGUGCCUGGUUGUUCUAUUCGAAUCCAUUAAAUUUUUCAGAGUACAGUUUACAGUAUUUCGGUUCUGAAUUUUCGAAAAUAUUGUUCAUGAAAGUUAAUCAUUUCUUUACGUAAUUGUUUUAAACCAGUGUUAGAACUCUCCACAUCAGCUGAAGUACUGUUUUCUGUGAACUGUUUUUCUUAAUUGGUUUUUGCAAUAAAUCGUUUUAUAUGCGCUUUCGAACGGCAAUAAUUAAUAUCUGUGUACAAUUAAGACGUUACGAUACCGUUAAAUUUGGUUAUAACAGUUUUUUAUUUGAUAUAAUAUAAAAUUGUUAUUUUACUGUUUGGUAGAUUUACAAAUUUUAUACAUAUUAUGUAGUUUUCGAUUAUACAAUUUUAGCAUGUGGUAAACGUAUAAGGCCUAAAGUAAAUUACUAAAUUUUAUCACUUCAAUCAACCGCCUUAUGAUAUGAUAUACAUAUUAAAGUACAAUGUCAACUUUUUAUAAAUACUUAUUAACUCACGAAUCAUUUAAGUCUGAAUGAAAUGUGUAGGGAGUCCUAAACGAAAUAGCUGCUGCCUAAAAAAA